AUGGAGGCGAAGGCGGGGGGCAAGAAGGGGGGGGCCCCCGGGGGGCCCCCGGGGGCCCCCGGGGCCCCCAAGGCGAAGGCCAAACUCGAACGCAAGUACUCCGUGGUGGAACUCGGGGACUACUUGGUGGGCUCGAACGUGUGGGUGCGGGAGAAGGAGAGGGAGGAGCUGUACGCGCUGGCGAAGGUGGUUUCGAUUUCGGGGACUUCAUUGAAUGUUGAAGUUGAAGGAGUUUCCAAAACUGUGCAGCAAGAAGAAUGUCUAAACGCUAAUGUAGGGGUUUCCCCCGAAAGCUGCAACGACCUUUCCAAGCUGCCCCACGCCAACGAGGCCGCCGCCCUCCACAUCAUCCGCGAGAGAUACCUCCGCGACAUCAUCUACACGUACGCGGGCCGCCUGCUGAUAGCGCUGAACCCCUUCAAAGCCAUAGCGGGGCUCUACGAGCCCGCGGCCAUAACGCGCUACCAAAACGCAGACACUUCGCGGGGCUUUCCACCGGAGUUGCCCCCGCACACGUACGCGGUGGCGCAGUGCGCAAUGGACUUGAUGCGGGUGUGCAAGGAAAACCAGUCUUGCGUGGUGUCUGGGGAGAGCGGUGCGGGCAAAACGGAAACUGCCAGGCAGCUCAUGCAGUACUUCGCCAGCGACAAGGAAGGCUCGCGAGGCUCGCGAGUGCAAGACAUAAUUUUGGGGGCAAACCCGGUGCUGGAGGCCGUCGGAAACGCCAAGACCUUGCGCAACAACAACUCUUCCCGUUUCGGGCGCUUCGUCAAGCUCGAAGUCGCGCCCACAGGAGGCAUUCACGGGGGGCUCAUCAACAACUACAUGUUGGAGUUGUCUCGAAUUGAAUUUCAAGGCCAGGGCGAACGCAAUUACCACAUUUUCUACCAAAUGAUCAAAGGGCUCACCGGCGAAGAGAAGGCCAGCUGCGAAAUCAAACAAGCCACCGAAUACGAAUUCCUCAACAAAAGCGGCUGCUACGAAGUCGAGACUGUUAACGACCUCCAGGAAUUCGCAGAUGUCAGGAAACAGCUCGAUCUGAUUUUCUCCAAAGAAGAGCAGCUGGCUUAUUUCAAGGCUUUGUCUGCUGUCUUGCUUUGUGGAAACAUUAAGUUCAAUAAUGUGCAGGCAAUGGGCACAGACAAAGCAGCAAAGCUGCAAAACGAAGGCGACUUCGACAAAAUUGCUUCCCUUUUUGGAGCCAAGAAAAAUACGUUGGUGGAGGCUUUGACCAUCAACACUGUUGAAGUGCGGGGAAACAUAAUAAAAAGUCCUUUAUCUGCAGAGCAGGCGCUGGUAAUGUGUCGUUCAAUGGCAAAGGAAGUCUACAGUGUUUUGUUUGACUUUAUUGUCGAGUCUUUCAACAGCAAAAUCAGCUUCGAUCACGAAAACAAAGUUUGGAUAGGAAUUCUGGACAUUUAUGGUUUUGAAUUCUUUGAAAAAAACAGCUACGAACAAUUCCUUAUUAACUACGCCAACGAGCGCCUGCAGCAGUUUUUCAUUCAGCAAGUUUUCCAGGCAGAGAAAGCGGAAUAUGAGGCGGAGGGCAUAGACCACUCCAUGAUUGUGUACUCCGAUAAUGCUUCUGUCUUGGAAGUUUUUGACAAGCCCAAGGCGGGCAUUUUCGCCUUUUUGGAAGAACAGUGUUUGUUGCAAACAGGAACCAGCGAGUCUUUCACUGCUGCUUGUCACAAAAACAUCAAAAACCCUAAUUACGAAACCCCCAAAGGCGACGCAAGAUUAACUUUUAGAGUUUUGCACACUGCGGCUCCCGUGCUGUACACCACUACUGAGUUUGUGCCAAAGAACAAAAUGAGGCUUCCGAACGAGUUGAUCGCAGCUUUCAAGGAGGCCUCGAACUUGGCCAUCAAAAAGGCCUUCGCCGGAGUCGAAGUUCCCGACUCCAAAAACAUGAAGGGCAAAUUCGUUGGCUCCAAAUUCCAGCAGUGCAUAAAGCCGAACCAAGUGAAGAAGCCGCGGGUGUUUGAAACUGAAAACACUUUGGGACAGCUCAUCAGUCUUUCGGUUUUGGAAGCUGUUGCAAUUAUUCACAAGGGCUUUGCCUACAGAGCUUCUUUCGCGGACUUCGUCGCAGACAACAACAUUCUCCUCAAGGUCCUCGGGGCAAAGCUGGAGGGCGGCGACGACAAGACCGCGAGUUUGACGAUGCUGGAGCGCCUGGGAGUUCCCAAAGAAGAAUACCAAUUGGGGUCAACUAAAAUCUUUUUGCGGAAAAAAGGGUGGUUAGUAAUAGACCAGUAUUUCAGGUCUGCAAUGGCCAACCUCAAGCCCCUCAUUGUGAACCUCCAGUCCAUUUACAGAGCUGCCAAGGCCCGCACACUAUACCUGCAGUUCGCCACGCGAGUUGUUCGGCUGCAGUCUUUGAUGCGCCGCUACCAAAUUAGAAAAGAUCAAUUUAAAAAGAUUGAACUUUUGAGAACUUUCGUAGGAGCUGUUGCCACCAUGAAGCUCUGCCUGUUCCAGCAGCGCCGUACACUGGCUGCAAUUCAAAUACAAAAGAUGUACAGAGGGUACAGAGCACGCAAACAAACGGCUGCAAUCAUUCGAAAGGCGAAGAUGGGAAAAUUGAUGAGAGAAACACGCAAGAUCACCCUCGCGGGCGUGAGCGGCCUGCGGUGGCGGCGCGUCGCUCACCACCGGAAAGAGCAGAAAGCCGCGGCUGUUAUUCAGGGUUUGUACAAAAUAAUAAAGGCAAAACGCAUUUUAAAUGAUUUAAAAAGAGAAAAAAAAGAAAAUGAAGCCGCAAUUAAAAUCCAAACCCUCUGGAGAGGCUAUGUCGCCCGCCUGAGGCUCGCGCUCAUGAAGUACCUCACGCCCUACGCAAUAGUCAUACAGAGACACUGGAGGGGCUACAGGGUGCGCCGAAGCCCGUUUUACGCCAAACAUGCGACGCUAUUUGGAAACGUCCGAAAAGGCAUAAGAGAAGACCAAAGCCGUUUGCUGCUGCAGAACGCCGCAAGGACCUUUUUGGUGCUGCACCGGCUGCAGCACGUGACGCAGGCAGCUUACACGAUGCAAAAGUUUUUGCUGCCCAAGGUGCUGCGGCUGCAAAUGGCUGCCACUCAUGCUGCUGUUGUUUUAAUUCAAUCUUGGUGGAGAGGAAACAGAGUCCGGAGAAUUCUGCAAGAAGAAAAACUCAAAUGCAUUCUUUCCAAAGAAAAAGUGCUGGCGGACAAGAAGACUUAUCGGGAGUGCGCCGUUGCGAUGGAGCUGAUGGAAGUAAGGACAGCUUUUCUUGAAAACUAA